UUUUGGGUCGUAGUCAGUUCACAAUGAAAUCUUGGUUAAAUCGGACAUACCAAUACUUUGGUGUGUUAUUUAUCGUUUAUGUUUAAGGAAUAAACAUCAUGGAGUUUUUUGUGACUUUGGCAAACUCGACAGUAGUGGAUAUUGUUGUCCAUCCCAAGGGGAAGGGACAAGAUUGCAUGGACAAAAUCUGCAAUGUACUCGGGAUCAUAGAACAGGACUAUUUUGGUCUCCUGUACAAGGGCAGUAAAGGAGAGAACCUGUGGUUGAAUUUAAGAAAUCGCCUGGACCGACAGUUGUUUGGGCAGCCACCAUAUAGACUGCAGUUCCGUAUAAAGUUUUUUGUUGAGCCACACAAUUUGCUGACUCCCAGCUCACGUCAGCAGUUUUACGAACAAGUGAAAUCUGAACUAGAAUCACAGAAACUGACGAUCGAGUCGGGCGAACAUGUGAAAGAACUGGUGGCCUUGAUCUCACAAGUUGAGUAUGGCAAGUUUGACAGAAGGACCAACCAGAUGAACUUGUACAAAUCGUUGUUAACUAGUAUAGCAAAACAUGUAGAGCCAACCCCUGAACUAGUUGACAGUAUUAUUGAAUGUCAUAAAGAUCUAGGAGAUCUGAGUAAAGACUCCGCACUGACCCAAGUUCUCCAGUUGGCAGAAGAAAUGCCGAAAUAUGGCACGGAAUUUUACGAGGCAACCUCUGCUGAUUCUGAUGUGAACCAUGUUGGAAUCUCACCCAGUGGAGUGUGCUUGCUAAACUCUAACAUGAACUUGAUAGAAAGAAUCCUCUACCCCAUGAUACUGAAGGCAGAGCACCAUGGUAGAGUUGUAGUGCUAAAAGUCGUGAAUGACAACGGCACAUUUCGAGACCUCGAGUUCCGUCUCAUAUCACAUCCGUCAGCUAACUCCAUGUAUCGGUGUAUCACUGAGAUGCACUCGUUUUUCUUCUGUGAUACAGUACAGCCUGAGGUGUCCACCCAGUUUUGCAGAGACUUUAAAGGGACGCUGGCCUCAUUGUUUAAUGAGAAGACUAAAUUAGGUCUGGAUUAUGUCUUUGACAUCAAGCGCACCCUGAGAGAGGCCCUAGACCAUACACGGAGGGUCAUGUUUAAGGCCAACUUGAACACACCCUCUGGAGACGCUUGCCCUUCACCCGAGCGGGAAAACUCGGACUGCGAAUUCAAGCAGUUGAAUGUAGAGAAGCGAUGUCAGGUUCUGGAAGAGACAAUAGAGCGUAUCAGUGAGACAUACCGAUGCUGUGUGUGUCGCGACAACGAACUGUCAGCUGUUCUCAUUCCCUGCGGACACCCAACCUGUCUGGACUGUGGCAAGCAACUUUCAUUAUGCCCACUGUGUCGAGCAAAGAUAGAGAAUGUACAGCAAUUGUUUUUACCUGCCAUCAAUUGUCGGGGUGCGACAGGAACAAGUAGCAUCUCGCUGAAAACUGGCAACAACACCUCCAAGCACAGACAUUGUCAUAAACGGAAACGUGAAGCCGACAUCGACAAUACUGAGUUGACUCCUCAAUGAUAGGGGAGGUAACUCUAGUUUACAAGGCCGGACAACAAAUAUGUGCUUUAUAUUCCAAGUGUUGCCAUGAGUGUGUUGAAAACUUAAAACUGUGGCAUGGAAAUUUUAUUCCAUACUCGACUACCCUAAAAAACAUCUCUUUUGUAGUCACAGAUUUAGAGAGAAGUGUAGUUCAUGUAUAUAUGUACAAGUGUGAUGGUUUUCAUGUUGGUCUCAUUUUAGUAUUGUAUUAGUUCUAUUUUUAAUGUAGAUGUAGUUGAUGUGUAAAUAAUAAUGUAUUUGUGCCUCUAGUAGACACACAUGGUAACAGAUACCUUUCUUAUGCUCCCUAGGCUUAAUUUUGCGGGGAAAUUCAUUUUCACUUUUGUAAUAUUGUAGUUCAAUUAUUUUUAUGAAUAAUAACACAGGUUAGGGAAGAAUGUUUUACAAUUUAACUUUUUCAAAAGAAUCAUGUUUUUUUUCGAGCCAUAUUAAUGCACAGACAGAAUGAUGCCAUUAUUCUGUGUUACAGCUUUAUUGUAUCAACGAGGGAAUAAAGCUACAUGUAAGUGUCAGCCAUAAGGGUUUUAUUUUGACCAAACAUGUACAAGGAGUGGAUAAUUGAUGGAGUCUCACUUGGAAAACUGGACUGAAUGUAUGUGUAUGAAUUGUCAUUUCAGAUUAGCCUAUGCAGUUCAGCAUAGGCUAACAAGGGACAAUACUUUCCGCCUGAAUUGGAUUUUUGUUUAGAGUAAACUUCCUUUUAACAAAAAAUUCAAUAAAAGCCAAAAGUGUUGUACCAGAUAAGCCUUAACCCUUUGCAUGCUGGGAAAUUUGUUGUCUGUUAAAAUGUCGUCUGCUGAAUUUCUAAAAUAAUCAUUUUCUUUGAAUUUUUUCAAAGAAAACUAUCAGAAUAGCAAACAGUUUGGAUCCUGAUGAGACGCCACGUUCUGUGGCGUCUCAUCUGGAUCCAAACUGUUUGCAAAGGCCUUCAACAUUCGGUUCCAGCACUUAAAGGGUUAACAACACAUACACACAGUCCAGUUUUCCAAGUGCGAGACUACAAUGAUAUGUUUGCCCAUUUAAGACGAGAUGAGGUUCUUCAUUUUGGGGGUUUAUCUGUACAGAUCAUUCCAUUCUUGAAACAGGGUCUUUACAUGUACAUGUAUGUACAUAAUUUAAAUUUAAUUUCAUACUGGCAAAAAUGUUUGUGUUGUUAAACCGCAAAUACACCUUUAUUUAUUUAUUCUGUAGCAGUAUUGUGUUUUUAAACGUUUAUAGUUUUUGUGCAAUAGGUUCA